UGUUGCUUUUAAUCAGCGCUAUCUAGCAACGAAUCAGUUAACUGGUAGUGGUUGUUUGUAAUUUUUUAAUUUUAAUUUCAGUUAACUUGUUGGUAAUUUUUUCCAUCAAUUGUUGUAAUUUGUUUCUUUAUUGCUGUUUUAUUAUUCUCUUUUUAAUUUGGGCUUUGAUUAAAUGGCUUUUGUUUAGUCUGUUUGGAAAACCACAAGAAUUGGUUGAUUGUUGAGCCAAGGAUUACCAAAGAAGCGUAUAAAUAUGCCUUCUCAUGGAACCAGUCCAGUCAAUAGUGCUGGUAAUUCAUCUAAUGCUGGUGAUAGAAUUUUAAGAGAAUUAGAGCUUGGAAGAAGUCGAUUUAUGGAAGAUUUUCAGCCUGAGAACAGUCGUCGUGAAAGACGAAAACGUCGAUUAGAAGGAACAACAUCAACAUUCAACCCUGUCCAUUCAUCUAAAGCUGUUUACGAUGAGAAAGGUGUUCACAUUGAGUCAGGACGUGAUCUAUGUGAUUGUCUCUCUGUUGUUUGUCCUGGUUGUCAUUUCAAUUGUCCCAAGUGUAAAUCACCAAAAUGUGGAGGAGGAUGUCGAGCAGGUCGCACUUGGUGUUAUGUUCAAGCAGCAACCGAAUCAAUUGAUUCUACCGAAUACUCAAGUAUCAAAAAGAAUUUUUUCAAUAAGGAUUGAAAAGAAAAAGAAACACUAACCAAAAAAAGUUCUAAAAACCAAAUAUGAAUUGAAAUUCCAAAAGAAAAUUUUUCUACUAUUGAAUAAACUGGUUACUAUUUGUUCCUGAGAACCAGAGGAGAGAGAUUGGCGAUACAUUAACGCAAUUGUUUAAUUAACUGUGCCAUCAAAGGUCACUAUUGACGGAAAAAGGUGCGGAGAACCUGAGACAAUCAAAUUGCCACACAAUGAAUAUUAAGCGUCGAUAGUAAAUCAACCCCGUCUUUCGCGAAUAGUUUGAAUUUCAUUGCUAAAUUUGUACGUUCUAUGUCUUAAAGGUGUUAGCCGUCAUUAGAAUGUUGAAUUAAUUGUUGA